AUGCCUGCUCCUUUGAAUAUGCCAAUCCAUUUAAAGGCAGGAGAAGUCUCGAGCGAUGUCUCAAAUAAGUACAAAAGAGUCCCUUUUGGAAAAGAGAUGUUGAAGCAGUUCUCGUUUGAUCCUGAGUACCGAAAUGUGAAUCAUGGCUCCUAUGGCAGUUUUCCGAAGCCGAUUAGUGAACUUCGUCGCCAUUAUCUCGACGAGUGUGAGAAAUCCCCAGAUCCAUUCAUCAGAUACGACUUUGGUAGCAUAUUAGACGAGAAUCGAGCUGCUGUUGCUAAACUGGUGGACGCUCCCCUUCAUACGGUGGUAUUCGUCCCGAAUGCUACCACUGGAAUCAAUGUGGUUUUAAGGAAUCUUCAGUGGAACGAAAAUGGAAAAGAUGAAAUCUUGUACUUUAACACUAUCUAUGGUGCUUGUGGUAAGACAGUAUCGUAUACCUCUGAAUACAGCAGAGGCCUCGUCCAGGGUCGAGAAAUAACAUUGGACUACCCAAUAUCCGAUGAAGCUCUCAUCGAGCAAUUUUCAUCCACCAUCCAAGCCUCCAUAGACGCUGGUAAGAACCCACGUAUCGCAAUAUUCGACACCAUCUCUUCACUCCCAGGUGUACGCAUGCCAUUCGAAGCCCUAACCGCCGUCUGCGCCUCCUCCGGUGUCCUCUCCCUCAUUGAUGGUGCCCACGGCAUCGGACACAUCCCUCUCUCCCUCAGCACCCUCAACCCCGACUUCUUCGUCAGCAACCUGCACAAAUGGCUAUUCGUCCCCCGAGGCUGCGCACUCUUCUACGUCCCCCUUAGAAACCAACAUCUAAUCCGCACCUCCCUCCCAACAUCCCACUACUUCGAGCCCAAACAACUAAGUCUCGGAGCCCCCAAUCCCUUCGCUCCAACCACCAAAAGCGGUUUCGUAAUGCAAUUCGAAUCCAACGGCACUAUCGACAACUCUCCCUACCUUACCGUCGCCGAAGCAAUCCGUUGGCGUCGUGAAGCGUGUGGCGGCGAAGAGGCCAUCCACGAUUACUGCCUCGACCUUUCCCGCAAAGGCGCCACACUCAUCGCCUCCAUCCUCAACACCCACAUCCUCGACAACCCCCAGCACACCCUAACAAACUGCCAUCUCUCCAACAUCCUCCUCCCCGUCUCCACCAAACCCUAUCAAGAUUUCCACGUCAUCCCCGAAGAACACGCUCAUUUGGUGGGCGAGUGGAUUCAUACUACCAUGAUCAAAGAUCACAAGACGUUUGUUGCGAUUUUCUAUUUUCAGGAGAAGUGGUGGGGAAGACUAAGUGCGCAGAUUUAUUUGGAGAUCGAGGAUUAUGAGUGGGCGGGGAAUGUGUUGAAGGGGUUGUGUGAGAGGGUUGGGAGGUUGGAGUUUCUUGGGGAGGAGGUGCCGAGGGGGGAUGCGGCUCCUUAG